AUGUCUGCCUCUACUUUUAACGCCCCCAUCACCACUCCUAGCAAGAUGUCGUGGAGCGACAUUGUCGAAAUGGAGUAUGAGGAGAUGUCUUCUUCAAACAUUCCCACCACCACCACCUCUGGCGCUCCCUCAGUGAGCACCGAGAGCACCACUCCUUCUCUCAAGGAAGCCAACUCUACCGUCAACACUCCCAGCAAGCCCUCGUGGAGCGAUAUUGUCCAGAAGGAAGAUAAGAAGGUGUCUACUCCAAGCCCUGCUUCAACCACUGCCGUCUCCAACACUCCUUCGAUGAGCACCACUCCUGCUCUCAAGGAAGCAGCCCAGGGCCUGGCACAUGACCUAAGCGUUUGUCCUUGUGCCAAAGACCAAGUCUUCCAGAGCAGCAGCAGCAGCAGCAGCAGCCGCCGCCGCGGCGCCAACACGGUGAUUGGCAACGCAGCGGGCGUAAGCUAUCGCUACUGCAACGAGUGCAACGUCUACGGCCACGCGCAGCGCGACUGCGCCGUCCGCGCCGCCCGCAUCACCAAGGAGCGCGCCGACUACGCGGCCUACAAGGCGCGCCGGGCCGCGUACGAGGCCCGCCUGGCCGCUACCGACUGUCGGCGCUGUGGUGAGCUGGGGCACUUGGCGCGCGACUGUACGGCCACUGUGGCGGCGCCUCCUCCUGCCCAGAACGUGGGCAAGAGCAACAGCCAGAGGAAGCAAAAGGGAGGUAAGAACAACAGCAACAAGGGGGACGUGCUUGUUGGUGCUAACGGCAAGCGAUACCAGCUCCAGCAGGGCGGUAUUGUUGCCCCGGUCAGGGGACGCAGGGCUUAG